CAGGGCCAUAUAAAUGAAGCAGUUUCGGCUGUUGGAAGCGCAGAUCGCCUCUACUCACGCAUAACCGAGCAAGUGCAGACAUCAACCUGAACCCGACUUGUCAGCGCGCACUGGAAGGACUGUCCGUUCCGAUCUGGAUUACCGCUUCGCUUGGACUUUAUUGUCUUUUGGGUUUUAACUGGACCGCCGCCUCAUAACGAGCGCUGUGGAUUUAUAUUUCUAUCCUGGAGCUGGUGGAAUAUUAUUCUGACUUCAACAUGACUCUGGAGGAGCUUGUUGGAACCAACAGCACCGACAAAAAGAUGGAGACGGUGAGUCAGGCUCUGGAGGAGUUGCUGGUCGCGGCUCAGCGGCAGGACUGCCUCACUGUGGGAGUCUACGAGUCCGCCAAACUCAUGAAUGUAGAUCCGGACAGCGUGGUGCUGUGUCUCCUCGCCACGGACGAGGAGGACGAGGACGACAUCGCCCUGCAGAUCCACUUCACGCUGCUUCAGGCUUUCUGUUGCGACAACGACAUCAACAUCCUGCGGGUGUCCGGCAUGCGGCGGCUGUCCAAGCUGCUGGGGGAGGACACCGACGACAGCAACGGCAACGAGCCCCGGGACCUGCACUGCAUCCUGGUCACUAACCCGCCGGUGCAGCCGCUGCAGUGCCAGGCCCUGCAGGACGUCAGCAGCUUCUGCGAGGAGAGCCGCUGCAGGAACCAGUGGGUGCCCUGCCUGGAGCUGCAGGACGGCUGACUGAACCCGAGUCCAGCCGAACCGAACCGAACCGCCGUGUAGCGGUGAGAAGGAGUUGGUAAAAAGAACCCCACCCCCCCUCCCAAACGGCCAGUUCUCCUGGAAGAAUAAAAGGAGGAGCAACGGCGUUUGAGAGAAGGCUGCAGGACCCCGACUGAACCGCGGGAGCUCCGUAGUAUGCGUGGACGGUACCGGUCGGUACCGGUGCUGAGAGCCGGACCGAAACGUGCUGCAGGAGCUGGUGGUGGAGCUGCAGAGAGAGAGAGAGAGAGAGGAGGCCGUUUGAAUCAAGCGGCGCGCUGAGUGACGACACGUGACCGAACUGAUGAAAGAAUGAAUAAAGUUGCGCGUGGCGAUGUGCUGCCGCCAGGUGUUCCGCUCACCUGUUGCGCAUGCGCUUGGACUACCAUCACUCAGAGACACACUGACUAGAAGCGUGGAAAGUGUGGAGAGAGAAAAAAAACAAACAUUCAGUGAACAGCGAAUCUGUUGUGUUGACCUGAUCUGUCUGAUGAAUAAACUGUUGAUGAAUAGAU